AUGAAGCUUACGGACACUACCCAAGGGGCCAUCUGGCGAAACUUUCUUCCACAACCGAGUGUCCCUCUUGCAGACUGGCUGGAACAGACCCUAAAUCUCUCAAAUAGAGUGAAGGUGACGCUAGCAUACACUAUUGCGAGAUCGGUGUGGCAGUACUAUGACUCCUAUUGGAUGACAAAACCGUGGACACAUGAGAAUAUCCAAAUCAUGAAGGAGACGAUCAGCGAUCGAAACCAGAUCCGACCGCAUCCUUACUUCACGACGAAACUUCACAAGUGCAAGGACCAAAAGGUAGACUACUGCUACGCGGAUGAUCUCUUCCAUCUGUAUCCAGGUAUCCUUGCACUGGGGGUAGUUCUCGUUGAGAUUGCAACCAAACAGCCUUUCCGACCGGGGAGACCCCAUUACAUCUGGGACGAAACAACGAUCAAUGAGUAUUACGAGUGGGCAUGGACCACAGCAAAUUGUAGUAAACUGGGCAGCACAAUCGGAGCUGCUUAUGAAUCAGUAGUCAAUAACUGUCUCGACAGCGAACUAUUCAGACACGGCUCCAUUAACCCGUCGAAAUCCGACAAGGAUCUUCAAACAAGACAGUCUCUUCUCUACGAAAAGGUCGUGCUGCCGCUUCAGGAGCUAUAUCAUGCAUACAAAGAUGACUGGGAAAUCCAGGAUAUCUCCAGGUCGGUACUUACCCUCACUAGAAACUUCCAAGGUUGGAAACCCCUCUCAUAA